AUGGACGACUCGGGCCUCCCCUCGCUCCCCCCGCCCGUCCCGCCGACCCACUCGCGCAGCCUCUCCUCCUCCUCGUCCGACGACAACAACGGCAGCCCUCAACCCGCUUACGGCGAAUGGGGCGCUGACUCGGCUGGGAUGGAGAGAAGCAGCUCAUCCGCGAGCGAGAACAGGCGGAGACGGAAUGCUGCGCCGCGAGGGACGGCAGAAGGUGAACCAUAUCUUGGUUCGAACGGGUCGGCAGCACAUCCUGCCUUGUCCCGAACGCUCUCUUCCGCCUCGACCUCGUCCUCGUCGUCCCUCUUGGACGGUCAGGGUCGUUCAGCUUCGUCCAAAGCAGCCAUCUCCGCAGCAGACCUCGACUUUCCCCGCUCCUCCUCCUCCCUCGCUCGCGGCGCCUCCCCCUCAUCAUCAAGCAGCGCCGUCUCUCGCUCUCAGUCCCUCUUCGCCAAAGUCUCACCCUCGCUUGCGAACCACUCCCCCGCGCAUCCUCGGUUUGCCUCGACUUCGACAAUGGGAAUCUACGGCGGCGGAGGAGGCAAGAAUCGACCUCCUCCCUCUCCUUCUACGAGCUCAACAGCCUCGCGCGACGAACCUACCUCCUCCCCUACCCUAACUCACCACUUCCUCCCGCGCGACUCGACCGACUCACCCGCUCCCGACUCGCCCACCUCCUCAAUCCCGAAACCGCUCCGACCGCCAAAGAGCGAAGCGAGGCGGAACGGGAGUGCGCCGAAUAGCCCGAUCAGGACUGACGAGGAGGGUGGGUUUGCGAGUAUCGCUUCGACAGUUGGGGGAGAGGAGGGAGAUUCGCCGACGCUUGAGCCGAGACGGAGGUUGAGGGCUAGGGCGGGGUCGAGUCUUGGUGGUGUUGGACGAGAGGUGGAGGAUGCAGAGGUGGAGGACGAGACGCUCGAGCAGCGGCGCGAGCGGAGGAGUCGGCGAGCUGAAGAGCUGAAGGAGAAGAACCAGCGUAUCCUCCACUCGAUCAACUCGUCCCCCGCCUCACGCAUCGCCGGCGGAACUUUGACGCGCAGCUCGACCGCCUCGACUAUCCGUGAACUGGCGAAUGGCCAGGCGUUGUUAGCCGAUGAGCGGUUCUCGCCUGCCCAGGGUCAGGAUACGUGGUUGGAGGAGAACCGGGCGUCGUAUGGACGCAGCGACGAGUUUGGGCGGUAUCGGGACUCGGGCAGAAGGUCGGAGAGUGUGUCGCGGAGUAGGACGCUGGGAAACCUGGAUGCGGCGGGGAGGGAGAACGGCCGUACCUCGGCACUCGAGCGACGCAGUCAGACGUAUGGCAACAGGUCUGGCGCAGCGUUGCGUUCGACUACUCCGCUCGACGACUCGCACCAGUCUUCCCUCCCGGACCGCGCCGCAACCUCCUUCUCGAACUACACCUCGGCCGGCACCUCCUCGACUCCCUACCGAACUCUUCGUCGCUCCGAGCUUGUUGGCUCCGCUCGAACACGCGCAGCCUCUGCGUUCGGCGGCACAGCCGAGCGCGACGAAGCAAUCCAGCGUUCGUUGCGGAACCUCGCUUCGAAGGAGGCGUUGAUGAGCAGUGCUGAGCGGAGGAGGGUUAGAAGCGAGUCGAAAGUGGAAGGAGGGAGUGGCGGGAGUACGGGGAGGAACAGGCCUGCGUUGCCGAGGGAGUUCUUGCCAGACCGGACGCCGUCACGCGCUGCGACCAGUCUCGGCACGUCGCGCCCUGCGCCGCUUGACCUUGACCUCACCGCUUCGUCUUCUACUCGCGGUGACGAUGCGAGUUCGCCCUCGUACUCCGCUCGACAUCGCCGCGCGACCACCGUCUCGCCCUCGUACGCCUCCUCCGCCCGCAGCCCCACCUCCCUCUCCUCCUACCGCCCUCAGUCAGCGCUCUCGACGCCCUCGACCGAAGUUCGCCGUCGCAGGCGGGAGUGGAGUCGGAGCGAGGAUGUUCGUGCGGGUGGAUCGCGGAGCAGGCAGGCGACUUUCGAGGGCGAGGACGACGGGAUGGAUGGGUACGAUGGCGAGCUCGAAAGAACGCCAAAGUCGGCGAAGAAGACGAGCAGGGAGAGCGGAGUGGACAGGGCGACGGGUCUUCGCUCCAUCCGUCCGACGUCGAGAAGCGGGACAAUCACGCCUCCACCUCCGCCGUCGACUUCGGCACGGUCGGACGACCGCCAGUCAAGCUUGUCUUCCGAGACGAGAGAGAGGAGGGACAGGAUGAGAAGCUCCGACGCCUGGCGGAACGAUUUCGACGGCUCGACGCGCAGCACAAUGCGUUCUCGCGCUUCCGGCAGUAGCGGCGACGCAGCCUCAGCCCGCCAUGCCGUUUCGCCCGUCUCACCGAGCGAAGCCGAGCGUGAACGAACCAUCCGCGCCAUCAACGCUCUCCUUGCUGGUCAAGGGAUCGUUGCAACAGCUGCGCCAGGUCUCGUCGGCACGAGCACACCGCCGAGCUCGAACUCUUCGCCGAGCAAGCGGCAGUCGACAAGCGCGUAUGCGAUGCGAAUGUCGUCGGUAUCAGGCGCGCACGAUGACCUCUCGCAGCCAGCUGGACAAAGAGGCGGCGCGUCAACGGGAAUGAGCAGGUCCAGCUCCGUCACAUCGUCAGCUCCAGGAGGCGGAAUGGCUGGUGCACCGCGCCUCGAGUCUGCCCUGCGAGGACUCAUCGGCCAAGCCGGGCCAGACGCCUCCGAGCACCACAAGCUGCUCCUCUCCGCUCUCGACCACUUCGACAAGAACUUCAGCGCCGGACAGACCGACUACGCCUCGCAGGAGCUCGUCAAGCGCAUGACGGCUCUCGUCUCUUCGACCACCAAGCUCAACUCGGGUUUGCGAGGACUCGUCGAAGCGGUCAAGGAGGAACAGGUGCAGGCGCAGCUGGACGAGGAUCAGCGCUCGCCCAUGCUGGCGGUCGCGCAGUUCGAGCGAAACGUCAACGCGCUGCUCAGGACGAGCGACGACCAGGUCCGCAGCCUGACGGAAGACCUCGUCGCGUUUGUGCGCUUCGAUCGCGAGCGUGACAGGGCGAGACGGAGCGUCAACGGUGUCACCUCGCCCGGCAUGCAGAACGACGGCGAUGCGGCCAGCCGACCAACUAGCCGAGCCAGCGCGUACCGCAACUCGGUCGGCGGAGUCAACGGUGUCGCUGCGCUUCACUCGCCGCCACGACGAGCCACGACGGCCAGCCCUUACGACCGUGCGACAGUCUCGCACGCCAGUGCGAAGUCGCCUGCGCUCGCUCGCGAGGUCCUUCGCAGUCCGCUCGUCGACUCAGCGGCCGCCGAGGACCGCUCGUCCGCCUUCGUUAAUCGCCGACACACAUUGGGCUACGCAGCAUCAAGCGGCGUCCGCUCCUCGGCCUUCGCCGAGACGCCCUCUCCCGCCAACAGGCGCGAGUCUGCGCAUGUCCGGUCGCCUCUCUCGAUUGGCGACGGCAGGCAGUUCGACACGCCUUCGAGGACGACUUUCGCAGACGCUCGGCGGCAGAGCCUGGCGGAGAGCUCGAGCACGACGUCCUUGGCAGGCCUCGGACUUCCCCUUCCCCUGCAUGCACCGUCAACCGGCGCCAGGCAGAGCAAGAUGUCGGACACGACUGUCCGCCCUCCGUCGCCUUCCCAUCUCCGCUUCCCGACGAUGUCGCCGCCCUCCAUCAAUCCUGCGACCGCCUCGUCCUUCAUCUCGCCGACGCGCAUGUACAGCGACUCGGACGGUGCGCGCGCCCUCCAGGCCCUCGAAGCGGGCGCGAACCUCGACGAAGGCGCUCGUGCCGCUGCAAGGCAGUCGCCGACGAUCAGCCUGCGCACUAGGAACCGCGACCUCCCCGAACUCCCCGCCGACGCCAGUCCGGAAGUCGCAAAGGCGUACUACGAGCAGCAGCAGCGGUACGAGCAACUAGCACUCGAGCAUGAGCAGCAGGCGCUCGAGCUCGAGCAGCAGCGACUCCUCGCGCAAGCGCAAGCGCAGGCCCAGCAGCCUCGCCCUCCGUCUCGCGCGACCAUGACUGCGACUCCGACACCGAGCGACAGCCCGUCAGGCCGCAAGAGCCGGCUGCGCAUCUCGUCAGGCGGUCUUGGCGCGGCGCUCAAAAACGCCUUCACGCCGAAUAAGAAAUUCAGCAGCGGUGCGAGCGACGGAUCAGCCAGUCCCGUCAAGCCGAUGCAUGCGCAGGCGCAGUCAUCGGCGCCGCCUCAGCUACCGCCACUCGGACUUGUGCGGACGGAGAGUCGGGCGUCGAUGGUCGAGGAGCGUCGUGCUGAGCGGCGCAAGGAGGUCGAGGGAAUCCUGCGGCGGGCCGGCAAGUAG